AUUACAUAACUGUCAUUAAUAAAAGCGAUUUUCAACUAAAUAUGCCAAUAAGCGAUAAAAACUUGCUAAUUUCCGGUUUAACGGUUUUUCGCUUUCAUGACGUGAACCUACGUUGCCUCGGGCUGGUACCACCAGCAAACCGUCGUUAUAGAUACUUAUAUUAUCUAUACUCCUUGCUGCUCAACACGCUCGUAACCAUCGGCUAUCCCGCUCAUUUGAUGAUUGGACUCUUCCAGAUGGAACAGAAAUCGGAUAUUUUCAAAAACAUUUGCGUUAAUUUCACUGUUUUGGCGUGCAGCAUCAAGACAUCAAUCUUGUGGUGGCGCCUGGCAGAGAUUGAGCGGAUUUAUGCCCUCAUUGCGAAGCUUGAUGAGCGCAUUACGCAACCGGAAGACAUGCAGUUUUACGCGUCCAACACACUGCGUCGCGCCAAACGCGUGCUGAAUUUUUUAAUACUCGUCGGGGUUUGCGCGUUCGUCGCAUCCGAGGCCGCCACUAUUUUUGCCGGCAUUAUAGGUGAAUGGCACUUAAUGUAUCCGGCAUAUUUUCCAUUCGACAUAGAAGGGCAUUACGUGGCGGCACAUCUCUAUCAGGCUACUGGCAUACUAUUGAUUUUUCAAAAUCUCACCAACGACUCAUUUCCGGCUAUGGCACUAACCAUACUCGCCGGCCAUACACGCCUGCUGGGCAAACGCAUUGCGCGUAUUGGCAAUACGGAGGGUGUUGAACAGCUGCAGCGUUGCAUUGAGAGCUACAAGGAUUUGCUUGACUUUCGCAUUGCAAUACAAUCGUUUAUUUCCGUUACUGCUUUCGUGCAACUGCUCGCCACCGGCAUCAACAUGUGCGUCGUGAUAUUUUACGUGCUUUUCUAUGUGAAUGAGAUUUUAUGGUUCGUCUAUUAUAUGGUUUAUUUGGUGGCAAUGCCGUUAGAAAUAUUCCCGUUAUGCUAUUAUGGCACUUGCAUGCAGUUGGAAUUCGAACAGCUGACUUACGCCAUAUUUUCAUGCAAUUGGAUGGACCAGUCUGCCGUGUUCAAGCAGAACCUACGCAUAUUCAUCGAGCAAACAUUACGUAAGCAAAUUGUUGUGACAGGCGGCAUGUUUCCCGUUAAUUUGGACACAUUUUUUGCCACGCUGAAGGGCGCCUAUUCCCUGUUUGCUGUGGUGAAGCAAAUGAAGUGAACGUUAAAUGUUGAUUACAAUUUGUUGUUUUUGUUACAAUUUUAGUACAAUGAAAACAAUUUAAAUUUCAUAUGUAUACAUAUGUAUGUACAUAUGUAUGUAUGUACAUUGCAUACAAUUAGUCAAAAUAAGAUUACUAUAAAGCUCUCCGCGAAAUUUACGGCCGAUGUCUAAUUCAACACCAUAUUGUGCGUGUUUUGUCUGUGCCGUUAUCUUGCGUCGGAAAGUCCCUAAACGACUUUAUCUAAGCACUAAGCUCUACACUAUUUGCACACAAGUGUACGUAUUUAUUUAAUUGUAUAUACAUACAUACAUAUGUAAGUAUUUUUCAAGUACGCGCCCAUUAACCACACGACAAUUUAAUUUCUCCAGCGUUUUUCAAAAACGCCAAUCUGAAACGUUUGGUGAAAAAAUAGCGCUGCAAUUUGCUGAAUUUAAGAAAAGUGAAUAAAUCGCAUCGCAUGUGUCAUCACAGAAGUGUGCAGUGCAAAUGAUUGGCUUUGGCACGCAAUUCUUAGUCACACAACGUCUCUAAGCGAUCGCCCAUUUGACUUUUAUUUGAA